UCUUGUCGGCGUGUAACCAGUCCGCCUUAGUGCCGCGGGCCUGGUUCUCCCCGCUCAGGCGGUCCCCGAGGACGCCGCGUGGGCGCCCGGAAGUUUGCCAAAGAUGAGAGUGACUUUAUCAACGUUGGAUACUUGUGAGAGCUCCUUCACACCUCUAGUGGUCAUAGAACUCGCCCAGGAUGUCAAAGACGAAACCAAAGAAUGGCUCAAAAACAGAAUCAUCGCCAAGAAGAAAGAUGGAGGUGCCCAGCUAUUGUUUAGACCACUGUUAAAUAAGUAUGAGAAAGAAACCCUAGAAAACCAGAAUUUAUACCUCGUUGGUGCCUCAAAUGUCCGACUGUUACUGGGGGCAGAAGCAGUCGGUCUGGUGAAGGAAUGUACGGAUGCUGCCAUGCGGGCCUUCACCUAUGGAACACGCCACAACUUUAAAGGUUUCCAUGAUAACAAUAAUGACUUCCUCACCAUGGCUGAGUGUCAGUUCAUUAUCAAACACGAACUUGAGAAUCUUAGAGCUAGAGACGAGAAGAUGAUCCCUGGCUACCCACAGGCCAAGCUGUACCCCGGGAAGUCGCUGAUGAGGAGACUGCUCACGUCUGGCAUCGUGACCCAGGUGUUCCCGCUGCAUGACCCUGAAGCCCUGAAGAAGCUGGAGGACACGUGGUACACUCGGUUUGCUCUGAAGUACCAGCCCAUAGACAGCAUUCGUAGCUACUUUGGGGAGACAAUUGCUCUGUACUUUGGGUUCCUGGAGUACUUCACCUUUGCCUUAAUCCCCAUGGCCAUCAUUGGACUGCCCUACUACCUGUUUGUGUGGGAAGACUACGACAAGUAUGUCAUCUUUGCCUCGUUCAACCUCAUCUGGUCCACAGUGAUCCUGGAGGUGUGGAAGCGUGGCUGUGCCAACAUGACCUAUCGCUGGGGGACUCUGGUCAUGAAGAGGCAGUUUGAGGAGCCCCGGCCAGGGUUUCAUGGAGUCCUUGGCAUCAAUUCAGUCACGGGCCGGGAGGAGCCCCUCUACUCGAGCUACAAGAGACAACUGCGCAUCUACCUAGUCUCUCUGCCAUUUGUGUGCCUCUGCCUUUAUUUCUCCCUUUAUGUCAUGAUGAUCUACUUUGACAUGGAGGACUGGGCCUUGAGUCUCCACGAGGACAGUGGGUCUGAGUGGACCAGCCUUCUGCUGUAUGUACCCAGCAUUGUUUAUGCCGUUGUGAUUGAAAUCAUGAACCGCCUCUAUCGAUACGCUGCCGAGUUCCUAACAUCUUGGGAGAAUCACAGAUUGGAAUCUGCCUACCAGAAUCAUCUCGUUCUGAAAGUGUUGGUGUUCAACUUCCUGAAUUGCUUCGCCUCACUCUUCUACAUUGCCUUUGUCCUGAAGGACAUGAAGCUUUUGCGCCAGAGCUUGGCCACACUCCUGAUCACCUCCCAGAUUCUGAACCAAGUCGUAGAAUCUCUUCUUCCUUACUGGCUCCAGCGGAAGUACUGUGCGAGGGUAAAGAGGAAGGUUCAGGCAUUAAAGUCAGAUGUCGACACAACCUUGUAUGAGCAAGUCCUCCUGGAGAAGGAAAUGGGAACGUACCUGGGAACCUUUGAUGAUUACUUGGAGUUGUUUCUGCAGUUUGGCUACGUGAGCCUUUUCUCUUGUGUUUACCCGUUAGCAGCUGCCUUUGCUGUGUUAAAUAACUUCACUGAAGUCAACUCAGAUGCCUUGAAAAUGUGCAGGGUCUUCAAACGGCCGUUUGCAGAACCUUCGGCCAGUAUUGGCGUAUGGCAGUUGGCUUUUGAAACGAUGAGUGUUAUAUCCGUGGUCACUAACUGUGCUCUGAUUGGAAUGUCACCACAAGUGAACGCAGUCUUUCCAGAAUCCAAAACAGACCUUGUUCUGAUUGUGGUGGCCGUAGAGGGUCUGCUGAUCUGUGCUGAAAUUGGGCGCAGCUCUGGCACUCUGACCUCAUCUGAUCAUGAUGCCAUUCCUGUCCUUGUUGCCAAGGCACAGGUGUCUUGGGGCAGGCAACAAAUUGACAAGCAUGCACUCUUGGCUCUGAAGUUCAUACUUGCAUUUGCCAUCCCUGAUAAACCACGGCAUAUCCAGCAGAAACUGGCCAGAUUGGAAUUCGAAUCUUUGGAGGCACUCAAGCAACAGCAAAUGAAGCUGGUGGCAGAAAACCUGAAGGAGGAGUACCAGGAAGAUGGGAAGGAAGCUACCUGAGCUGCACCAUGCUGGCCGUCCUGUGCCCAGUGCUGAGGGACACCUGCAUCACACCUGCACAGGGAGGGGACAGCAGCCUGAACUUAGCCCAGAUGCUGGGCUGUGUGAAGUGGCUGAGAUGCAGCAGGCAACCAAGGUCUAGCUCUGUGGGAAAAGUGGCUGAGGCUCUCUCUCAGUAUCUCUUUCCCUGGUGCCUCUCACCCGGACCCUCCCAGGGCCGCACACACCCUCCAGCUGUUUCAUCACUUUGCUCAGGAGCCUCAGCUGCCCUUGAACUUUAUCCCUAAAGAGUCACCAGCUUUCCACAUGACAUUCACAGUAGGUGCCAGUCACUUCUAACCCCAGGGGCCCUAUUAUGGGGUGGUGGCUUAGUGUCUGUGCCCAUUAUACCCAUGGUGGGAGCCAUGCUGAGGCAGCAGUGGCAGUGGUGGUCGGGGAGUGGGGGCACACCUGAAUCUCCUCCUUGCUUCUGUAUGGUGUUGACACUUUGCAACUGAGCUAUUAAAGGCAGCCCUUGGCUCUGA